GGUGCCAUUCGACUCCGGCUUUGAUGCGGUGAUGAAGUCCUCAGUGACCAACGUACAGUGUCAGCCCUACGAGCUACUUUAGCGCACAACUUUUAGUAGCCGCUGUUGGUCCAGUCUGCUGACUUAUCCAGAGAACAUUUACCCCAGUUUCAGUCUAAUUUUCGCCUGUUAAUCCAGGCCAGGCUAGACGUGUCGCGCAGUAUCCCCACCACCUUUCGUGGAUUUUUUUUCUCCCCCCGCAGCCCUAGCUAAUAGUCUGGUGCUUUAAGAGGAAAAAAAGGAAAAACACACUUUCGCGGAUUGUUUUGCCGAACAUGACGAGAAGAUGUGGAAGUAGGUAUGAACCGACUGAUAAGGAGGAGUAUCUCUGCAACUAACACAUAUGCAGUGAGGUGCCCUGGUUGCGGAUUCAGGCUGCUCGAUCAUCAGGCUGAGGGGGAGAAUUUGGGAGAAGUCGCAUGGAGCACAAAGCCGAGGAUACAACAAGUUUGGACCAUGCACCCCUUGUGCUGACAGAGGACUGAGGUGGAAGAGGAGUUGAAACGCUGAAGCAUGUUUCUGACUGUUGUUCUUCUGCCCAUACUUUCACCACAACACAAAGUUGGACAAUUCAUAGAAGUUUCGAGUCCGUGCUAACACUUGCUAUUUAAGGUGCUGCGGCCGACCAGUUAAACGUGCUUUUAGAUUCACAAUUCGUCUGAAUCCGCACUUAGCAAAAGUGUAUUUUUUUUUUUUACUGCAGUGUUGUGUGAGGCUCUCCGAACUGAAGUCCACUUUAAAUGCGGACUGGUUUGCGGUCAGUCAGUGCACAGCCGAGCUGCCAGUGCCACUUGAUUUUUAAUUUACGGCAAAACAGAAGUCGGUUCAUUUUUUACCAUUUAGUGACAGAACUAUGGAGCUGACAUACAGGAUCAUUGUUCUGCUGGGGUGCAUCUUCCUGGACUGGGCUCUUCUGGCUUCUGCAGAGGAAGAGGUCCUGAUGAACACUAAAACGGAGACUUCUGAUCUCAAAUGGACCAUCUUCUCACAUGCCAAACCCGAGUGGGAGGAAGUAAGCGGUUUAGAUGAGGAAAACAACAGUGUGAGGACCUAUCAGAUCUGUCAGACUGACAGCUCAUCCAGCCAUUGGCUGCGCAGCGGCUUCAUCCAGCGACGUGGAGCGUCUCAGGUUUACGUGGAACUGCGAUUCACCAUGAUGGAGUGUUCAUCCAGGAGCACCCACCACCGCAGCUGUAAGGAGACCUUUAACCUGUACUACUACCAGGCAGACUCCAACGAGGCCACGUCCUCUUACCCGCCCUGGAUGGAGAACCCAUACACCAAGGUGGACACAGUGGCUGCAGACUUUCUUCUGAGGAAGGGUGGGGAGCGGAAAUUCAAUGUGAAGACCUUAAGACUCGGCCCUCUAUCUAAGAGAGGCUUCUACUUGGCUUUUCAGGCUCAGGGUGCCUGCAUGGCCCUGCUGUCAGUCAGGGUGUUCUUCAAAAAGUGCCCCCCCCUGGUCAGUGCUCUUUCCUCUUUCCCCGAGACUGUUCCCCGUACUCUGGUGCAAGAGGCGCAGGGUGUGUGUGUGGAGCACGCGGCCCAGCAAGGGCCCCGACCUCGGCCACCUAAGCUCUUCUGCGGGGAAGAUGGCCAGUGGGUGGGCCAGCCAACAACCUCCUGCGCCUGCCUACCAGGAUUUGAGUCUGCCGAAGGACACACUAGAUGCACAGGCUGUCCUGUGGGUCAGUUCAAGUCGACCUCAGAGGGACAGUGCACAGGCUGUCCAGGAUUCAGCCACGCCGCCAUGGGAGGGGCGACGGUGUGUGCGUGUCGCUCCGGAUACUUGCGUGCAGAGUCUGAAUCUCCCAACAUGCCGUGCACUAGACCUCCCUCGGCUCCGCGCAGCAUCGUCACCCAGAUCAACGACACCACGCUCAGUCUGGAGUGGAACGAGCCCUUGGACAACGGCGGCAGAACAGACCUGAGCUACUCCGUCACAUGCUCUGUGUGCAGGUCACCGAAGGGGCCGUGCCUCUCCUGCGGAGACAGCGUCAGCUACCGGCCCGCGCAGCACGGCCUGCUGGGUCGUAGGGUGGAGGUGUGGGGCCUGCUGCCUCACACCACAUACACGUUCACAAUCCAGACGCUCAACGGGGUGUCUCAGGUCAGCGGAAAGGACCCUGGCAGUGAAAGCGUCAACAUCACCACAAGCCAUGACGUGCCAUCUCUGGUUUCUGUGAUUCAGAAGAGUGACUCCACAGAGAGCAGUCUGACUCUGCACUGGCCAGUCCCGGCUCAGCCACACUACACCAUCCUGCAGUAUCAGCUACGCUACUGUGAGAAGGAGCGACGUAGUGAAGAUCAGUGUCACUACACAGAGAGUAACAGAAACCAGGCCGUGCUGACGGACCUCCGCAGGGCCACUCAGUACGAGGUGCAGGUUCGGGCGCGCACCAUGGCCGGUUAUGGCAGCUUCAGUCGUGCAGCCGUGUUCCGCACGCUGCCUGAUGGUCAUGACUCCGCCGCUCAGUUCUUAGUACCUGGAAUCCUUAUCGCUGUUGGGAUGCUGCUGCUUGUCACUUUCGUCUUAGUGGCCGCCUACUGCAUACGCAGACACAGCCGAGUGAAGGAUCCAGAGCUGAGCGACAAAAACAGCCAGUACCUUGUUGGCCAAGGGGUCAAGGUCUAUAUCGACCCCUUCACCUAUGAGGACCCUAAUGAGGCCGUGCGAGAAUUUGCCAAGGAAAUUGAUGUUUCCUUUGUCAAGAUCGAGGAGGUUAUCGGUGCUGGAGAGUUCGGGGAGGUGUGUCGAGGGCGGCUGAAGAUCCCAGGGAAAAAAGAAAACUACGUAGCAAUUAAGACGCUAAAAGGAGGCUACACUGACAAGCAGAGACGGGACUUCCUUUCUGAAGCGUCCAUCAUGGGUCAGUUCCAGCACCCCAACAUCAUCCACCUGGAGGGGAUCAUCACAGCCAGCUGUCCAGUCAUGAUCCUCACAGAGUUUAUGGAGAACGGAGCUCUGGACUCUUUUCUACGGCUGAACGACAGCCAGUUCACUCCCAUCCAGCUGGUGGGUAUGCUGCGCGGCAUCGCCUCCGGCAUGAAGUACCUGGCAGAGAUGAGCUACGUCCACCGAGACCUGGCUGCUCGCAACAUCCUGAUCAACAGCAACCUUGUGUGCAAGGUGUCCGACUUCGGCUUGUCACGCUUCCUGCAGGAGAACUCCUCUGAUCCGACCUACACCAGCUCUUUGGGUGGUAAGAUCCCAAUCCGCUGGACAGCGCCGGAGGCGAUCGCCUUCAGAAAGUUUACCUCAGCCUCAGAUGUGUGGAGCUAUGGCAUUGUCAUGUGGGAGGUCAUGUCUUUUGGAGAGAGACCGUACUGGGACAUGAGCAACCAGGAUGUAAUCAAUGCCAUAGAGCAGGACUACCGGCUGCCACCGCCCCCUGACUGCCCCACCCAUCUGCACCAGCUGAUGCUGGACUGCUGGCAGAAGGACCGCUCGGCGCGCCCUCGUUUCGCGGACAUUGUCAGUGCUCUGGACAAGCUGAUCCGCAACCCUGCAUCGCUGAAAAUAGUGGCUCAAGAAGGCGCAGGGCCGUCUUACCCCCUGCUGGACCAGCGUGCACCUUUAGCCCUCUCACCGUGUGCUUCAGUCGGAGAAUGGCUGAGGGCAAUCAAGAUGGAGCGCUACGAAGACAGCUUCCUGCAGGCCGGCUUCAACUCAGUGGACCAGCUGGCCCAGAUCACCACACAGGAUCUACUGCACAUGGGAGUGACUUUGGCCGGGCACCAGAGGAAAAUCCUUUCCAGCAUCCAGACAAUGACUUUUCGGAGCAAGAGCACUGCAACUGUGAGCUUCUAGCUCACCUGUCUCCUAACCUGGACGUGCAGCCAUGUACUGGAGUACUGUGGAUCCUCUCCUGUGACCCACUUUGAACACGGACUCCAAGGGAGCUUGGCAGAAUUAACUAUGACCAGAAUCUUUUUGACUAAACAUGACAUUCCCAUCCGGAUGAGAAAGUCGUUUAGAGACGGGCGAGUCCCUUUCGUUCAAAGGGACCAGGAGAUGAAGUUGACUAAUUUUUACAGUUUGUGGUGUUUUUUUGUGGACCUGAAGUCAGGACCCAAUACAUGUGCUAAACCAAGAGGAGAGACCGAUCAGAGUUUACAAAGUUUCUGUAGUAUCAUGUCAUUUUGGAAACAGACAGUCGACUGUUUUGUUGUCGAGUAAAAAGUCACUUCACCAAAGGAGACAAAAAGAAAUGCCAGUGCCAAUCCAAGGAUUUCAGUUUUCAUAUCCGUGUGUAAUUAUGAAUGAGAACUGCUUUCACCCUGGGUGUCUUGCAUCAAAUCCAUCUGGAUUACAUUACUACGUAGACAUUUUUCACAUCAAGACCGAACAUUUUAACAGUUGGAUUUCACUUCUUUGUUUCCAUUUGAUUUCAACAUUACCUCCUCUUCUCUCAGGUGUGAUGUGUAAUGCAAACUUUGGAGAGCACUGUACUCCUAGUCCUAAUCAGACUUCUCUCAUCUUCUUCGGUCUCUCCCCUAAUCGGCUCCACGGAGCGUGAGGGGAAGAGAGACAUAUCAGCACUUUUGUCAUUUCAGAGUGAAUUGUAGUCUUCAGUAACUCCAUGUGUUUCUCUCGGAGUGUGGUUGGUUAUUUCUACUGCCUGUGUUUCUGCUGGCAGCUCAGUUUUAUUAUACUUAGACUGAACAAGGACCAAGUGGACUCAGAGACCAGAGAUCACUGUACAGUCGGUUUUCUUUGUUGUACCGAGGAAGCUAUCUGGCCUCCAACUUGUUUUUCUUGAUAUAACGGAUGCAUUUUUAAUUCUCUUAUUCUGUAUUCUCCAUCUUCCAGUGCCAUUCAGUUGUCUUUGUGGACUUAAAUGCCAAUUUUAUGAAGCAGAAAUCUCAUGAGUGAUUCUUCUUGUCUCAUUAAAAUGUACCUCAAAGGGUUACUUUGACA